UGCCAAGUAGGCUUCCUGUUUUGUGGCAUUGAUAGUGCAUGGCGGCUCAUCCUAACUCUGUCCUGAAGUGAGGUGGGAAAUCUGUCCAAUAAUCCAGCAGAAGUAAGACAGACAAGGAGAGAAGUAAUUUUCAAUGCAGUACUUUAAAAAUAGACUGACCAAAGCAGAAUUCAGUUUUCUCAUAAAGCACUGUGUCAUAACAUCGUUAAAGCAGGUCUGCAGGAGAUAAGGAAUCCACCAUGAACGGGCAGCUGGACUUAAGUGGGAAGCUGAUCAUCAAAGCUCAGCUUGGGGAAGAUAUUAGGAGAAUUCCUAUUCAUAAUGAAGAUAUCACCUAUGACGAAUUGGUGCUAAUGAUGCAAAGAGUUUUUAGAGGAAAACUUCUGAGCAAUGAUGAAGUCACAAUAAAAUAUAAAGAUGAAGAUGGAGAUCUUAUAACAAUUUUUGAUAGCUCAGAUCUUUCCUUUGCAAUUCAAUGCAGUAGGAUACUUAAGCUGACAUUGUUUGUGAAUGGGCAACCAAGACCCCUAGAAUCUAAUCAGGUGAAAUACCUGCGUCGAGAGCUGAUAGAACUUCGCAAUAAAGUCAAUCGUUUACUGGACUGUUUAGAACCACCAGCUGAACCAGGGCUUUCCACGAAUCUGCCUGAAAGUGAUACUGUAGAUGGUAGGGAAGAAAAGGCUGCUGCUGCUGACUCUAAUGUUAAGCCAUCUACUCAAGUUAUAGCAGCAAGCAUGUCUGCAUUUGAUCCGCUGAAGAACCAGGAUGAAAUCAGCAAGAAUGUCAUGUCAGCGUUUGGCUUGACAGAUGAUCAGGUGUCAGGACCACCCAGUGCCCCUGCAGAAGAGCGAUCGGGAACACCGGACAGCAUCGCUUCCUCCUCUUCUGCAGCCCACCCCCCUGGUGUUCAGGCACAGCAGCCCCCGUACCCUGGAACGCAGCCGCAGACUGGUCAGGUGGAAGGUCAGAUGUAUCAACAGUACCAACAGCCUGGUUAUCCUGCUCAGCAGCCGCAGGCUCAGCCUCAGCAACAGUACGGUAUGCAGUACCCAGCAGGCUACAGCCAGCAGCAAGCCCCCUCGCAGCCAGCCCAGCAGUUCCCGGCCUACAGCCAGCCGGCCGCCCCGGCCCCGGCCCCGGCCCCGGCCCCGGCCGCCGCCUUCCCCGGGCAGGCGCAGCAGCUGCCGGCGCAGCAGCCCCCGCAGUACCCGGGGGGCAGCUACCCCCCGCAGCCCUACACCACGCAGACCUCCCAGCCCGCCCCCUACAGCGGCCCCCCCGGCUCCCAGGCGGCGCCCGGCGCCUACCAGCCGCGGCCCGGCUUCACCCCCCCGCCCGGCAGCACCAUGACCCCCCCGCCCGGCGGGGCCAACCCCUACGCCCGCAGCCGGCCUCCCUUCAGCCCCCAGGGCUACACCCAGCCGGGGCCCGGCUACCGGUAAGGAGGGGCCGCCCAACACGACCUCGGGCCACCAUCCCACCAGGCUCCAGGAUUUGUGACUGAGAUGCCAAAACGGUAACGAGGCGAAACUAGAGCUGUUCACUAAAUUCUGCUGGGGGAGGGGAACGACCAGAGGAACCUUUCCCGCUUUAAAUUGUAUCUGCUUCCUCCUUUAAUUUGGGGCUGGGUUGUUUUUUGGGAAACACUACCUACCUGUCUGUAAAGCGAUUGAUUGACAUUCUAGCUUGCCGUGGUUGAAGGAUAUGAAGAUGCUAGUUGGAAGCUUAGCCCACUUGUCAGGCUUUGUUUUUACUAAUACCAUGAUGUACUAAAUUAGAUGCAUUCUGGAGGAAAAACUAGAUCUGAUGUAUUAUAAAUUGUAACGCUCACAUGGAAAACUAAUAAAAACCCUGAAUCUAUUCAAUGCCUGAUCUUGAUUUUUAGAGUAUAGGUAAUAUGAAGAAGACGACUGCAUUAAGAGAAGUGUGUAUGCUGGGUGCAGAGAUACCAAGGUAAAGGCCAGCGGUGCUUGGGUCUGGAGGAGGAGAGGCAGAAUUUUUAGGUGUGUAAAUGGAAAAACAUUGCACGUACAGAGUGCUUUUGCAGAGGUUACAUAGCAGUAGAUGGUUUUGCACUGUCUGCUCUUAUAAAUGCCAGGUAACCCUUCUACCAAAUAAUGAGUAAGAACCAAUACAUAAAAAUCUUAG